ACGGCAGCGGCGCGGCGGCCGUGAGCGGCGGCAGCGUCAGUCGGGUCGGUGUGUCGUCGGUGAGGGGUCGCUGUGAGGCCGGCAGCGCUGACGGCUGCUGAGAGCCACACCUGUUCACGGAGGAGUCCUCAGAGAGGUAGGCCCGCUGCGCCGCCGGCGAUGCGCGCGGCGGCAGGCUAGUCGGCAUGCCGCGCGAGCUGGCGCCGCCCACGGUGCACCGCUCAGACAGCCAGCGCUCGGACGCCAGCCGCCGGGUGACGUUCCGACGCGGCGUGGACGUUCGAAGGCCCUCCGUAGGUCGCGCCGUGCUGCACCGCCAGCCGCCGCCGGCCAGCGCGGAGGAGGUGGCCCGACAGGCCGAGGACAUCAUCCGCCAGCUGGACGCCGUGACGUGCGACGUGCGCACCACAGAGCGACCCAUCGACAACGGACUGCGGCCAAGCAGGACGCCCGAGAAGUUCGGCUCGCUGAGUAGGGCGUCGCUGAAGAAGCAGAAGAAGAACAAGUCGAGCAGCAGGGCGGGCUCGGUGAAGUCUGUGAGCACCAACACUUUACCGGCACCGGCGCCCAGAAGCAGCAGUCUCGAGGCGGAUAAGAAUAACAUCCUCAAGGCGGAGUCUCUGAAGAGGGAGCGUGCACGCGAAGGAGAGUUCACUCGCCUGCAGGUGAACGGCUUUUUGAAGCGUAGCUCAAGUCAGGUGGAUCACCUAAAUAACCUGAAUAGCCUGAAGGACGGCGACGAUCGCUCCAGCUACCCGAACAAACUUCGUCCGUCCAGUGAGGAUCGCGACCUUCGAGACAACGAGGUGGACAACCCAAAGAGGCUGAACGGCAAGCUGAUUUCUCGACCGGGUCACCGCUCGACACCCACCCUGCCGACUAUCCGCAUCACCCCCGAGUACGAGGCGCCGCUGAAGACGACCUCGCGGGAGAAGGCGAGCCGACCGAGCAUCAAACGCCUGGAGCCAGACACUAUGCCACGUCAGGCGCCUCCGCCGAGACCUGACCGCACGCCGGGCCAGUACCGGCCGCUGCACGGCUUCAGCUACAUCGGCCGAGAGGACGCCGACAUCAUCAGCCACUCGGACUCUGUUGAGAGCCGCAGUCGGCGCAUUAUCGAUCAGAUCGCCCGGUCCCGCUCCCGCUCGCCAGAUGCCAAGCCAGGUCGCACGAAACCGCGGAGCCGGUCCUCGUCCCCCGACCAUGUGCCAGGUAUGAACGUCCUCAACAGCACUUUCCCACGGAGACUCUACGACCACGAAUCGUCCGACGUCGACCCACCGCGGCUGACACGAACCUACAACUACGAACCUCCGAAACUGGAGCGUUCGUACGAGUUCGACUCUCCACCCGUGAGCCGCAACUUCCGCGAGCCGUCGCCACUUCUGCCAUCCUCUUUCGACACUGAUCCGUUCGACUCUCCGGGCAUCCGUGUCAUCCGCCCGGACGCGCCACCGGUCACCCACACCUUCCGCUACGAGUACGACUCGUCCGGUGAGCCACGCACUUACCGUGAUGAUGUGCCGGAGACGCGCACGCGCACUUACCACUUCCAGAGCAAGCCGCCGGAGCCGACUCGUGGCUCGCGCCACGCGGAAGCCACGCGGUCGUACCGGUUCCAGGAAGACGUGCUCGACUCUUCGUUUGAGCAGCGGGACUCACGUCGCGAUCGCUACGGCUCCAGCAUCGUCAUGAUCGGAGAGCAGCCGCCUGAGAUUGUCACGACCACCGGCCGUCGGACAGACAGACCCGUAGAGAGGCCGAACGAACGUUCGCCCCGGCUCAGCACAGUCAAGGAGGGAUCCAUUCCCAGUGACGAGGAGCAGCACUACCGCGCACCCCGCGGUGGUGAUCUUUACAGCGUCCCUCGGCAGAGCUCGCCCAGAGAGACAGAGAACGUCAUCCGUCUGUCUGUGAGCGGCAGCCACAGCAGCGGUCCGGAGCCCAGCGACUCGCGCAGGGUUGACCGUCAGGUAUCUUCCGGUUUCGAUUUGUCCCCCGAUCGACCGCGGAUCAGUCCCAGCGAGACCACCGAGCGUCGACGCUCCGAGAGGCGAGAUGAGCGACGGGAUGAGAGGCGAGACGAGCGACGGGACGAGCGGCGCACCGAAACCAUCAGGACACGGCGCGUGGACACGCGUCGCGCCGACGCGUCGACCCGCCACGUGAGCAGCUCAUCCGAGUCGCCGCGUCGCCGCGACUCGCGUGACCCAUCCGAGGAGCGCCGACCACCUCGCACCGUCAACGGCCACCGACGCGAUGUCAAGGAGACACGCGAGACACGUGAGACGCACAGCAAACGCGACAGCCGCGACCGCGACAGCCGGGACCGCGAGAGUCGAGAUCGCACCAGCCGCGACCGGGAGAGCCGAGAGCGCGAGACAGGCACCCUCGGCAGGGCGCGCAAGCGCGUCGAACGCGACCGCCAGCACGACGGAAAGCACAAACACGACCGCAAGAAGAACUUCGAGAUCAAGUUCAUGUACGACGACGAAGAAGAGCCUUCCGAUGUGCGUCUGGCCAAGUUCACUGAGUUCCGUGGUAGUGACGAGGAGGGAAGCUCCGCGAGUCCGCAGAACGGUCGGCGCCGGCGGCAGGGGGUCGACGAGCCCGACAGCGGCUCGUGGCGGCCGCACAAGGACACCCCGGAGACUUUCAUCACCCGGGUGGAGAGCAGCCGCACUCAGACAUCCGAGAGACGCGACGGUCGCGAGCAAUCGCCGCGGCCCCGCAACGGAGACAGGGACCCACAUGGCGAGUGGUCUUCUCGCACGGACGAAGACAGGGUCGAUGGGGGUCACCGACGCUCUGAGAAGGUCAAGGUCACGCGGCGUUCCGAGGCCACCAGCCGUGAGGACAGGGAGAAGCCGCGCUCAUCGGUCUCCAGCGACGAGACGAAGCGGCAGCGGUUCAGAGCGCGGUCCGCAUCGCCCGACCGACAGUCCCGCGAGAGGUCUGCUGACCGGUCACCGGAAAAAUCAACGGAGAAACCGAAAAAGAAGGGGUGGCUGUCGGCCACUCUCAGCCGACUGGACCUGAGAAAAUCCUCCGACGAGAAGCGCCGCUCCAACUCGCCGAAGCGGCGCGGAUCGCACUCUCCAGACCCGAGAGGAGGUUCGUUUUCACCCGACCGACCGCUGGAGAUGAGUCGGACGAGCGCCGAGCGCCGGGAGCGGCGGACCACCAGCUCGGGUCACGGCACCAUCAGCCGCCGGCGGGACGGUCGCUCGGUCAGCAGGGACAGCCACGGCACCUCUGACGAGCGCGCCCAGGUAUCAUCGGACCGCGAGCGGGCGCCACGCCGCUCCCGCGAGCGUCGCUCCGACAGUCGCGAGCCUCGCCGCCACCCUCCCGCCGAGAAACGCGACUCAAACCGCUCCAGCGACCGCGAGAGUCGCUACCAGAGCGACACUCAGGAGCGGCGCACCAGCCGGAACACCGCCGAGCGGCACACACGGCGGAGAGACGAGCGCAGCAGCGGCGGGGCGGCCGGCCCGCCUCGCGCUCCGCCAGCUUCUCCCGGCGCUACCCGGGGGAGGACGAGGUCGACUCGGGGCGCAGCGGCACCGGCAGGCGACCACCCAGCCGGCGGCCGAGUGCGGCCGGCACCGGCCAGCGGCGCGGGCGGCGCAACUCGCACAGCGUCACCUCGUCCCUGAACAGCAGCGGCAGUGAGCCGGCCGGACCGGCGGCCAGCCGCACAACGGCGAGCGGCGAGCGGUCCGUCUACCUGCACGCCACCACCGUGGCCGACAUCCCCUCACCGGACGGAGCCGCGGACACGACGGCCGCCGACAGCGAGCCACUGCCCACCGUCGAACGACGCAAGGUCUCCCGGUCCUUCUCCAUGCUGACACCGUUCCGACUGAAACAUCCCAACGACAAGACCAUCAACUAUGACAACGAUCGCAAGGAAAGUCGCGACUCGCGCGACGGUGUGCGCAAUGGAGGAGACGGCCGUGCCAGCGGACGACCGCCCCGCGCGCCUCGACCGCACCGCGACUCGAGGGACGAGUUGGAGAACUCUACCGAGCGGUCCCCCGACCGCCACCGGGACCGAGACCGAGACCGAGACCGAGACCGGGACCGGGACCGGGACCGAGACCGGGACCGGGAGAGGCGAGACAAGGAGCGUCACGCGGUGUCGCGGUCAUCCAGCUUGCCCAAGGGCUCCCGGUCGGCGUACCGCAGCGAGGACCGGCCGGCGCGGUAACCGACAUCAACGCCAAUAGAUAUUCCCACUGAUGGUGCUACCUUCGCCAGCUGCCAACGUCAACAGCAGGCUCGGGGGAGUCUCCGCGUCACUCUAGUCUCCCUCUGUGCUGUGGGAGCGGAUACGUCGCCGGGAACACACGGGUCAGGACGAUGAAGGUAACCCCGUGGCGGCCGAGACAGCAGCGACCCAGCUACCACUCAGCUCAGCUACAAACGCAACAACUGUGAGGAGCAGUCGGGACCGACGCGGGGCACGAUAUCCGGGCCGGGACAUCGUCCCUUACCGGCUGUGACCUGAGCGCCCCACUGCCCCCUCCCCCUGGCCCCAGCUGCCGUCUCUCGCAGCCGCUUGCCCCGCGGCCGUUGCGUCAGAAGAGCCCCGGGCACUGCUUCUUGUGCGGCGGCCGCGCGCUGACCCGCCGCUCGACCCGUGACCCACCGGUGACCUGUGACCUGCCCCUGACCCCGUGGGACCCGUGGGACACGCACUUUCACUAGCGCGUCGCAUCUACAGCGCGCGCGGCCGAGAGCCACAACACUGCCGCUCAUCAGUCCGCAGAGCCGUCAGACAACUCAGACACCCACGAGGGACCACUGUCACUGCCUGUGGGACUCAAGGCUCGGGAGCGGCCAGGUGAACCCGUAACGUGCCCCAGCUGUGAGACAAGGCGCCGCCACACUGCCGCCGAGCCCAUGUUCUGAGCUGCUGUUUGACGAUUCGGUGUGAAGAGUGGUUAUCCCUGUGGUGCUAUGACCGUGGAGCCCCCGAGGCUGAAUGGCGACCUUGGGGCGACCCUGGGGGAGUUUUCCCUCCCUGAAAACGUUCGGAGCGGCCGGGCCGCGUGUUGUCAGUCUUGCAGGGACUUUGUGCUAACCGGGCGUGCUGGCUGGCUGGCACUAAUCGAGCGUCCGUGGCAGUCGGUCCUCACUGCCGCGUGGCCACUUGCCUCUGAGCUUGUUGUUAACCGUGAUUAACGUUGUGUUCUUGUUUAAGCCUUCCCUGAUGUGUGACAAUACAGAAUCGACUAACGGGAAACGCCGACA